AUGCCUCGAAUCCAUACAUUAUCAGAUAUAGGUGAAUGCAAAAAACUUGGAGACAUACCAUCAAACCGAUAUCCGCCUAGUCGAACGGAACUUGAAAACCAGCUUGCUUGUGCAAAUCGAGAUCGAGAAAUUGCUAUAGAGUGUGGCAAUCGACUUGCUAAUAAAUGUUCUGUCUUAGAUAAAGACAAUAAGCGUAUACAACUUAUGGGAGGGCACUGUACAUCUGAAUCUAAAAAUCUUGCAAAAUAUUUUAAAAGUAAAACAUUACCAAUUAUCACAAAUAAGCAGAAUCCAGAGUCAUUGAUUCAAGAUAUUACAAUAAAAGGAGCAGUAUGUGCUGGCGAGGCUUUAGUUAAUGAUAAGUAUCAGAUUCCUCCUAUUAUUAGCGAAUAUUUUUCAUCCACGCCUGCCUUCUCGGUCUUUGAACUCGAAGCCAGAUUAUAG